AUACGAUUUUCUAUUUUCUAUUAUCUUCAGUCGCCAUCAUUAGUCAUCGUUUUAUUAUUUGUCAGUUUAUUGUUUGUAAACAAGAUUUUCACAAUAAAGUCCAUUGAAGCCCUAAGAAGGCAGAAAAGGGUCGCUUUCAAGGUAUAAUGCGUAUUUGGACCAACAAUGAGCCAGAUGGAAGAAGAGCACUCCGGACUGUCCACGUGCUUGGAGAAACUAGAAUUAGACGUAUCUAAGCGAAAGAAAAUGGAUUCAAAUCCCAAUCCAUUUCGCCGAAGAUCCAAGUCCUUGUCCAGUAUUUCCAAUUCAUCUAAUUCAUGCGGCUGUGUUCAAAAAGUCUCCGAACUUAAGAAAACGACGUCGUUUAAGCGAAACGACAGGAAAAUACUGCGAGAUCCAGUACUGAAAGUAAUGAAAUUUAAAAAAAAUCACAGAAAAACAACGACAACCGAAAAGCUGUUUGGCCAGUGUUCGAAACAUAAAGAAAAAAACUUUAAGACGUUAAUUGACGCGUGUGAACAGUUGUCUUUAGACCCCGUUGCCCUUGAUAAAAGCAAAUUUUCAUCAGAGAGCUUUCGGAGAGCUCGGAAGACUUCUCCUUUGCAUACCACUCCGAGAGCCGAAGUGAGUAGCUUGGCCAGUUGUUCACAUCAAGCGCGUUGGAAUGUGAAUCCUCCUUGUGAUGUAACCAUAGAUGAAUUAGCUAGUUAUUUUGAAACAUCGGUACAUAUUCCUAAAAAGAUGAGCUCCAUGGCAGAAAUGAUGUAUAUCUAAAGGUAUUUUUUUUUUUUAAAUUACAGUGGUUUGAAUAAUACAGUUAUUGUUUAUGUAUCUGAUUUGGUAAGAUCCUUUUAUUAUUCAGUUUGUAACAUCUUCAAAAUUUUAUUUAUAUUCUCAUCAUCAUGGCAUAUGUAUAUUUAUGUUUAAGAUAUUAUUUUCUAUUAGAUUUAUAUUGAUUAAUACAGGUGUGCUAUUAUCA